AUGACCCAGAACUUAUUUUUGUCCAUUCAGACAGACACCAUGGUGUCUGUCCGACUGGACGGUCUCAUCGAAUUUCUCCAAUGUCUCUCCCUUGAGGAUAGGAAUGCAUUGUCCAGGGGAUUGGGCAUUGGCAUUAACACUAGCAGAGAGACGCCUGAUGAUACCGUCACCACUGAAACGCCCCUGCCCACUCCCCCCACGGCUUCCGAUAAUUCCCCUGCUGUUACUGUGACCAGUAUGGAAGUUCCCAUUCCUACUCCCUCUACCCCUACUGCAGCUGCUCCUGCUAUUCCUGCUGCCUCUGAUCCUACCAUUCCUACUACCCCGGCUCCUACUGCGGCUGCUCCCACAGGCCAUACCACCAUCUUGGUUGAGUUCGACGAAUAUGACGACUCUGAUGAUGAGGAUUCGGCCAUGGCAGCCGCUGCACUUGCGGAUAACUCCAUAUUACAUUUUUACCAUGGAACAUACUUCAAUGUGCCUGCCGCCAAGGCCCAGGCACCCUUCUAUUGUAUCACCAGGGGUCGAUACAUUGGCGUCUUUUCAGGCUGGGAUGCUACCGGUUCAAAGGUGCUUGGCAUCUCCCGUGGUAUCUUUCACAAGGUGGACAGUAUUGAGAAGGGCAUGAACAUCAUGAAGGCCGCAAUAGAGCGUCGUGAUGCCAUCCAGGUAUUGUAA